AUGUAGCCCAUAGUUAUUUAAGUAGUUUUUCCUUGUAAUAUUAUCUUUAAAAUAUCUCAAAGAUAAAUACUUUUCAUUCCACCCCAAACACUAAAUAUAGUUAAUUUAAAAGUUAUUAAAUUUUCUUUUCCUCCCCUAAUCUAAGUGAGAAUUAUAACAAGCCACAAUAUUUUUUACAAAAUUUUCUUUUCUUUUUCCUCAUCUUAAAUAAAUUAAUAAAUAAUAAAUAUUUUUGGUUUCUGUUAAAAUAUUUUCAGAAUGAAUUAAAUUGAUGUUAAUGGCUGUAAGGUUAUAGCUGAUGCAUUAAAAAGUUGGCCUAAUCUCACAGAUUUUACACUAGAUAUUAAGUAAAAUUAAUUAAAAGACGAGGGCAUAUUAGCUAUUAGUUCUGCUUUAGUAAAAUGCCCCAAUCUCUCAACUUUAACACUUCGUCUUUAAUUUAAUUAAAUCACUCCUAUGGGUAAAUUGACUUUAGUUUCUUUGAUCUAAAAGUGCAACAAGCUUUCAAUUAUGAAAUUAAACUUUUAUUAGAAUUAAUUCAAUAAAGAAGUUGAUUCCUAGAUUAUCAAAAUAACUCUAAAAUUUAAGAGAUUGGUUAUGAAAUAUCUAUAUUUAUGA